AAAACUAAAGAGUUUAGUAUUGAAGUUGAUGACGGAAGUUAUGAUCCAAAAACAGAAUCCAAACCAAGAAGGGCUCUUGAAUGCAGAGACGGUUUAUUCUAUACACCAAUCGAAGGUGUUAAUACAAUGAAGGAACUGUUGGCUUACACUGUUAAAGCCAACUCAACCAAGGAUUGUCUUGGUGUUAGAAAGGCCAUUAAAAAGUUUGUGGAAAAGAGAGAUGGACGUGAUUGGGAAAUUAUUGAAUUUGAAGAUGUUGUCUAUGAAAAUUAUGAUCAAGUUUAUAGCAGAAUUAUGAAUUUUGCAUAUGGAUUGACUAAAUUUACUGGAUUAAACUCAAAGGAUAUUUUCGGAAUCUUUGAGGAAACUCGUAAAGAAUGGCUUAUGGCACUUCAUGCCUGUUUCCAAUAUAACAUGGUUGUAAUGACUUGUUAUGCUUCCUUGGGUGACGAUGCUUUAUGUUGUGCUAUCAAUGAAACUGAAUUGACUGCCUUGCUAGUCAAUGAAAAGAGUUUGGGAAAGAUUAACAAAUCCAUCUCACCAAAUUGCCCAACACUCAAAUAUAUUGUCUAUACUCAUUCCAUCAUUUCCGAUGAAAAUGAAAAGAAGGCCACAAGUGAAGUCAUCUCUGAGCUCUCCAAGAAAGGUAUUAAGGUUCUCUCAUAUGAAGAAGUUGAACAACUUGGUGAGAGUGAAAAGAAGGCUAAUAACAUUACUCCUGUCAAGGAAGAACCAACUCUUGAAUCCCUUGCUUUGAUUAUGUAUACAUCAGGAACUACCAAUGCCCCAAAGGGUGUCCUCAUUUCACAUAAGAAUAUUCUUUCCAUUGUCACUGCUGCUGACCAAAGAGUUGGUGACGAUCCAAAGAUUAAGUAUCAAUAUAUUGGCUACUUGCCAUUAGCUCACAUUCUUGAAAUGGCUGCUGAACACGUUAUUUUGAAGCGUGGUGGACGAAUUGGAUUUGGUAAUGCCCGUUAUUUGUCUGAGAGAACUGCCAGACCAAAAGGUGAUAUUGAAGCUAUUGCUCCUACAGUUUUGGUUGGUGUUCCACGUGUUUUUGAUACUAUUAAGAAGGGUGCUUUUGAAAAGAUUAAAUCAUCAUCACCAUUCGUUCAAUGGAUGUUCCACAGUGCUUACAAUUACAAGUUGCAAUCUCUCAAAAGUGGAAGAGAAGCUCCAAUAUGGAACUUCCUUGUUUUCAACAAGUUCAAGAAGCUUGUUGGUGGUAACUUGGCUUUGAUUCUUUGCGGUGGUGCUGCUCUUUCUAAGGAAACUCAAGAAUUUUUACGUGUCUGUAUGUCAUGUUCUGUUAUUCAAGGAUAUGGACUUACUGAAACAAGUGCUGGAGGUUGCAUUCAAUAUGGUUAUCAACCAUUUGCUACCAAAAAUAUUGGUCCACCUGUUAACACUGCUCAAAUUAAGUUAGUUUCUGUUCCAGAUAUGGGUUAUAUUGCCACUGGUGAUGAACCACGUGGUGAAAUUGCUAUUAAGGGUAACAAUGUCACUAUGGGUUAUUUCAAGCAAGAAAAAUUGACCAAGGAAUCCUAUGCCAGUGAUGGAUAUUUCUAUACAGGAGAUAUUGGUGUUUUGCACAAGGAUGGUACCUAUAGCAUUAUUGACAGAAAGAAGAAUUUGACCAAACUUGCCACUGGUGAAUAUAUUGCCUUGGAAAGAUUGGAAAGUGUUUAUGGAAAUUCACCUUUCGUUUCACCAAAUGGUAUUAUGGUUUAUGGUGACUCUGAAAGAGAUUAUGCUGUUGCUCUCAUUCUUGCUCAACCUGGACAUACCAAACAUUGGGCUCAAGAUAAUGGUGUCACUGGUGAUUUGAAUCAAAUUAUCAAAGAUCCAAAGUAUCAAAAGGCUGUUGCCAACUCCCUCAGAGAAGAAGCCAAGAAGAAUCACCUCAACAGAAUGGAAGAAUUAAAGAACUUUAGAGUCUUGACAGAUGAAUGGACACCAGAAAAUGAAAUGCUUACUGCUGCCAUGAAACUCAAACGAUCGAAUAUUGUCAACAAGUACAAGACUAUUAUUGAAGAACUCUAUGCAUCCAAUCAUUAAUUUAUUUGAAUAUUUAUUAAAUUGUAUUAUAUUUAUUGUAU